AUUGAUUUAAAAAAAGGAUCAUGGAAAAUAUGUUAUUUAAAUGUGAUUGGGGCUCCAGUUGGCUUCUUAUUUCAGUCUUGUCUCAUUGAAACCGUUUCUGGGAGUUUUGAAGAGGAAAAUAACUCAGAAGAGGAUGGAGCUGACAUGGACAGGAGUUCUGCUUCUUCUCUGUAUACUUUUCACCCUUUUCUCAUAUUUCCAAAUGUACAAGAGAAAAGGGCAGCUGCCCCCUGGACCUGCUCCAUGGCCUAUUCUGGGGAACUUCUUUCAGCGAGAUGUACUACCUUUGUAUAAACAUUCUCAAAAGCUUGCUGAGAAAUAUGGACCUAUAUUUACUGUCUGGAAUGGAUCAGAACCGAUGGUUGUUCUUUGUGGGUAUGCCAUGGUAAAAGAUGCUUUGGUAGAUCAUUCAGAAGAAUUUGCGGGACGAUCUGAAAUGCCUGCUCAUAAGCAAUUGUUCCAAGGGAAAGGUGUGACCACCGCUAUUGAGAAGAAAUGGAGGGAGAUACGGCGGUUCACACUGUCCACCUUGCGAGAUUUUGGGAUGGGGAAGAAAAGAAUGUCUGAGAGGGUGCAGGAGGAAGCCCUUUGUCUGGUGGAGGAAAUGGCUACCACAAAAGGGCAGCCAUUCGACCCAAGGAGAAUUAUUGCAAGUGCUGUUUGUAAUGUGAUAUGUGCUGUUAUUUUUGGCAAUCGAUUUGAUUACAAAGAUAAAACCUUCAUAGAGAACCAGAAGAUUGUGGAGACUCAUUUAAGAUACUCUAUUAGUAUCUUAGGACUGGUAUACAAUACAUUUCCCAAAACAGUGACAUUCUUUCCUGGGCCACACCGAAGCAUUUUUGCUAACAUUGAAAAGUUCUGUGAUUAUAUCCGUGAGAAUGUGGAUUUGCACAAAAAGACAUUGGAUCCCCAAAAUCUGCGUGACUAUAUUGAUUGCUUCCUUCUUAGAGUGGAGAAGGAGCAGAACUCAUCUGAGAGUGUCUACACUUUUGAAGAUCUUGUGUUUCUUGUGUUUGGAAUCUUUAUGGCUGGGACCAUAACCACAAGCGAAGCUUUGCUUUGCAGCCUUCUAGCAAUAGCUAAAUUGCCACAUAUUCAAGCUAAAGUGCAACAGGAGAUUGAUGAAGUUGUGGGUACAAAUCGCACUCCAAGCAUGGAAGACCGAUUGAAUAUGCCUUUCACAAAUGCCUUUAUUCAUGAGGUUCAGCGAUAUCAGAAAGGGACCCUUGAAACCUUCCCACGGGCAACAACUUGUGACACAAAGUUCCAUGGUUACACUAUUCCCAAGUGCACGGCUAUUGUGCCAGUCUUCACCUCUGUACAUUUUGACCCUCUUCAUUGGGAGACUCCAGAGAAAUUCAAUCCCAAUCAUUUUCUGGAUGAAAAUGGUCAGUUCAAGAGAAAGGAUGCUUUCAUGGCAUUCUCAGCAGGGAAGAGGGCCUGUCCAGGGGAGGCCCUGGCUAGGAUGAAGCUCUUCCUGUUCUUCAGCAAUCUGCUCCAGAAUUUCACCUUCUCUCUGGUUGGGGACACCAAAGAUACGGAUGUAAUGUCUUUGUUUAUGGACUUCAGAAAUAAUCAAUAUCCCCUUAUACGAGCUGUUAAACGUUCAGUGGACACUUGUGGUCAAUAAUUAUGAGAAAGUACCCACAUUAAUAGAUACUCAAAUAAAGCAUGUGGGAUGGUUAUUACAUUUAAAGGCAAUCUUAAAAAUGAUGUGGAAUACAAAUGUAAUACUUUUUAUAGCAAAGGUAGCUAUUCUGACCUCUUAUCUGAUGACAUAUUUUAGCACAAUUAACAAUACGUCUGAAAUACUUAAUAGCUUCAUAGCCCCCCCAAAGUGGUAUUCACCAAAUACUGUAGAUUUAACUAUACAAGGGUCUCAGUUAGAAGUAUUAUCACAAAUUGAUGUUGUGGACUAAUCUAUAUUUGAAAGUAACAAGGAAGAUCUUGUAUUAGUACAAUUUGGCUAAAUGCAAGAUUGAGUCAUUUUCUAUUGACAGCUAAUGGUUGUUUUAAAGACUGACAGAAUGAAUAUUGUAUCUGAUUGAACUAUAAUAUUUGCUAUAUCUAAUUUCUGAUAAAUAACUUUAUUAUUGUGGAUAAUAAAGAAUUAGAAUAUAUAAGUUCAGAAAAUCAAUGGUUCCAGAAGUACAAAAUGCAAAAAAUACAUCUUAGGAUUUCAAAAUGGAAGCCAUUCCUAAGAAAAUUUUGUUUCAUGUUAAACUUUAUUAAACUCAAAGGGUUCGUGUUCUUUUUUUGUCCACUACUGAUAAAAUAUCCUGUCAAAAGGCAAAUAAAUUGACUCAAGGAGAUUCUGCCUACAAAAUGGAAUUAAUCAACAACCCAGUUACAUGAAUCUUAAAUAGAUAUAUUAUGCAGAAUGCCCUCAAAGAUAUCCUUGUUGUGUUUAUAGUAUUUGAUGAUGGUCAAAACCUGACCAAAAUAAAACAAAUACCCUUCAAAAAUA